GCCGUCGACGUUACACGUCGUUAGUACUCCGAACGGUGAGGAACUCCGGCGACGUGCCACCUGUUAAAGCUGCCCUGUUAUAGUCUUUGACCAAGUAAAGAGAAAAAAAAAGAUAAAGAAAAGAAUAUAGAGGCACCCUCUUUUUUUUCUCUCUUUUUCUCUCUUAAUCUCUCUUUUUGUCUAUCUAUAUAUCUAUCUAUUCAUCUAUUCAUCCGUCUAUCUGUCUAUAUAUCCGUCUUUAUCUUUUACUACUUUCGGUGAUCCGUUCCUCUUAUCUCGUUUCGAACUCUUCAGUUCGAAGUGGAGAACGCGACCUUGAAGGACGACGUAUCGAUCGAAGGAUAAAAAGAAGAGGAGAAGGAGAUAAGUAUUGACUGACAAAAGGGGAUAGAAGGAAUCUUUGAUAGAUUCUACGUGGAAAGUUGACAUUCUUCUUUCCUUCAUUCUAAUCUGAAAGCUGUUACUUCGAAGGAGAGCUUCUUCGCUAAGAAAAGGGGAAUUGAAAAUUCUUCGAAAAAUCUCACGCAUUUUGUUUGCCUAUUCUUAGAUAAAUAUGUUGUCGAUAUUACAAAUAAAGUGAAAUGAUCAACGGAAAUUGAUUCAGUGAUUGCAUAAGGAUGAUUUUAAUCACUAUCUUAGUAACAUCAGCAAUGAUCACUAUGACGCGUUCUGCGCCAGCUGUACAUCUCCCAAAGGAAACUGGGAAUUUUCCGGAAGUGCUAUGGCUCGUUAAUCAGCGAAUGCCAGAAUUAGAGAGAGAGAUGUAUGAAUCGAGCAACGAUCCUGGCCCGACGAUACUCAGGACGAAAAGGAUCGGUUCUUUGUCGAUCGUAAAUAAUUUCGAUGUUCUUAGAGAGAGAAUACUUUUGGAAAUAGCUCGUAGAAAGGCUUUGCAAGAUCAACGACAAAUCGAUGCUAACAGACAGAUUCUCGAUAGCAUCGGCAAGAGAUCAGUACCAUCUUACGAGGAUUACACAUCCUCGUCUCGUCCUCGAACUUCGGAAAGAAUCUACGAUUGGCUCAGCGAAAAUGACUCCCUUCUUGGAAAUCGUCAUAGCAAUCAAGACCGCAGGGUAGCAAGCAACGAAUUACUCUGGUUGUAACCAUAUGCGAACCAAUCGAAGAAAAACUAUUGAAAUCCAGAUUUGGCAGGCAACCUCUCGCUUUUCCAAGUUUUACGAGCCGCAAAUUUUGUUCCCAUACCAUUACGAAUUCUUCUUAUAGAGCUUUUAUCUGAUCUAUCAGUCUCGCGCGUUUCUCAGGUUCUAAUAGGCAGCUAUAAUAUAGCGUGACGAAUGAUGAAAAAUAAAAAAAAAAAAAAAAAAAUUAAAAAAUUAAAAAGAAACAAAAAAAAGGAAGAAAAAAGCGAAUAAUAUAAUGAACACAGUAAUAUCAGCGACAUUUCAAGGUUACAUUCACAAAGUCAAUUUUCAAAGACGAUUCAAUUGCGAUGUAUAUGAGUCGUCAAAACGAAACAGUAUUAUAUUUUGUGAUCUUUCUUUUAUAUUAAUUAUUUUAUCGUUUCUAUAAUGUCUACGAUAAACACUAUAUUGUUAUUUUGUUUUGUUUUUUUUCUCCUCUUGACUAGACCAAAAAAAAAAUAUCGUUUCGUUGUUAAAUAACUCAAUUUGUUUCAUAUAAUUUAGGUAUUCGAACCAUUGAAGAAUUAAGACUUUUCAUUUUCGUCAUCACAAUUAUUCAUCCCCUAUAAUACGAUUAAUCAUUAUUUAUUUGUCUAACUAUAAUAUUCUCUAUUUAUAAUAGUUUCAUAAAAUAUUUACGUUUGUAUUAGAUAUUCUCUGUAGUAAUCUCCGAAAAUAGAUUUUACUAUUUUAAAAGUUUAUGUCCGUUCUAGUUUUAUUACGAAAGUAACUUGAUAAAAGAUGUAAUUAUGCGUUUGCUAUGAUGAAAAACUUUAAAAAAAGAUAUAUAUAUAUAUAUAUAUACACAUCUAUAUUAAAAAAAAAAAAUGUUAUUAUUAAAUAGCAACUCGAAGAGAGAGAAAAGAAAACAAGAAAAAAAAGAAGAAAAAAAAAAGAUCAAUAGAAACAUUUGUUCUAUAUUAGAUUAUAGUAAGAAAUAUUUAACAUUAGCAAAAUGACGAUAGAACAGCCUCAUCGUGUAACUUAGUUCUAAUUAAUUAGAGUUAGCAAUAGUAAUGUACCUUACGCCUCGGUGAUACAUCGAAUGCUAGCCGAUUAUUAUUAUCAUUAUUCAGUCCUUUAUAGCAGCGAAUAACUUUCAGGAAAACUCGAAAACCGAUACAAACAAAAAAAAGGAAAAAACACAGAUAAUAAAUAAAUGUAUGCACGUUAAAUAGUUGACACUUGCUAUUUAAUAUUUACCGUUCGUGUUUUUUCUUAUUAUUUUUUAUUGUUGGUUUCUUCUUUUCUUUUCUUUUGCGAGAUUGUUUACUCGGAAAUAUUUUAAUUAUGAAAAAACAUGUCUCUUUCUCUCUCCCUCUCUCUCUCUCUCUCUUUCGAAUAAAGAAAUUCUUUCAUUAAAGCUAAAGUAAAAGUUUGAAAUUCGCGCGUUAUUAACGUUUCCGGCAAUGCCUGUACACAUCGAUGUUUAAAAAUUAAGACUUACCUGUGCAAUGUUACAUCUCUUCUCGUCAACGACGAUUUUAAUCUGCAUAUUGUGUAUCAUGUUUGUAUAUUACAUUGUACAUUACACGCAAAGAAAGAUACGAAUGUAUAUGUAUGUUAUGUAUAUCUAUAUAUAUACAUAUACAUAUACAUACGUACACAUACAUAGAUUGCAAUCUUUUCGACGAAUCUUUCGAUUAAUUUAACGAUAAAUUCAGAAUAUCUUCGAAACUUCUUCCAAUGAUAUAACUCAAAUUUAUUUAUUAUAUUUUUAAUGAUAGUUUAAAAAAAAAAAUAUCGUCAUAUUUUAUUUAAACAGAUAUGUAUGUCUAUCGAUACGUUCCUAAAAGUAUAUCAUUUCGUCGGUAGACCGAAAAUAAAAUUUAAUAUAAGUUCUACGAUGUGUGAUUUUAAACGUGAUAAUAAAUUUUAUUUAAUGUACAA